UAGAUGUUGGUGUUUCGAGAUAUCGAGAUGGAUAUUCUCUAUUGGAUAUUGCCAAAUUAGCAAUUCGAAGUUUUGUAAAGCAAGUGAAUAACGGAAAACACGCAAAUAAUGUGAAAUACAUUCUCGCAACUUCAGAUCAUCAUCGUCAUUGCCUGAAAACGGAGUUUCAUGAUCCAAUAAAUACACUUUUUGAGCAACUUGAGCUAUUACUACCUGUGGAGCCUUCUCGAGUUGGAAAUGGUCUUUCUUCAGUGUUUGAAUUGUUGAGUCUGCGCAGAAUUACACGUCAUAUGGAUUCGUUCUAUAGAGGUCGAUAUGUUGAGCAUAAUGAAACUACGGGUAUAUUCUGGUUUACGGAUGGAAAAAAUCUUGACUAUUUAAAGACUACUCUAGAUUAUCUGCCUGAGAACAGAACUCCUAGUUCAAAUUUUUACACUGAAAAGUUUCGUUGGGAACAAAAGCUUUAUACCUUUUUCCUCUCAUCAGAGACUUAUGAAGUUCCCGAUAUAUUAAACGUAGCAAACGCUAGAAUGCGUGGGCAAUUAUAUAGUGUACAGAAUGAAAAUGAAGUCCUGCAUGCAAUUGGCAAUAUCCUUGGUACUCAGAAAGAUCCAUAUCCACGCUCUAAAGAAUUGUACCCAUAUACCUUUUUUGCAACAUGCGGCGUAAUGGUAAACUUUGUCGAUGCAUGUAGUAAUGUAUCAACAGAUGAUGGUUGCCUUGUCCAAUUAUAUGUCGACCCUGCCAAACACGAAGGGUAUUAUCCGAUUCCUGAAAACUUUUGGAUAAAUUCCGAAGUAUUGAGAUUACCAAUGGACACGCCAUCUUUGAUUCGUCGAACGGCGAUACCAACAAUCUAUUAUUGGAAAGAGAACGAUUUUUGUGCUAAUACGCACGAUGUACCAUCAUAUUUACCACGUGAUAGUUACGUAGUUUCGGAUUGUGAUAUAACUAGAGAACUACAGAGCCAAAAGCCAGGGACAAAGUGGCCUGUGUUUGUUAAAGAAAGUGGUCGAGCACCGGGAUUUGGUGAUUCUUUUGGUUACUUAAUUGCUGGAAAGAAGAAUGAGACUGAUAUGGAAGUUAGUCUUGUGAUCCUUCCUUACAACUAUCCUAUAUUGUUUAAGUUGCUACACUCGACGUUACUUUAUGGUGACUGUCCACACAUGUUAGUUCCAUAUUUUGUAUCUUACUUAUUAUUUUUUAAAGACCAAUUGAGGCCGGAACCAACCUUAGAGUGGAAAGUCUCUUUCGAAAAUUAUCGGAAAAAUUUACCUUGGUAUUAUUUACAGCCACUAUCUAAGGUUUUCGCCUCAUGCGGUCUUGAUAGGAGGGUCGAUAUUAGUCUUUUUACUAAACCAAAAACAGAUGGUCUUGAUACGUUAGUAAAUCAAAUAGUACAACAAUUCGCAAACCCGAAGUUGGAUGAAAUGCGAAAGGAUAUUGUGGCAAAUCGUUGGGGUGUAACAAGGACGAUACCGUGUGUAACAAGAACGACGCCAUUGCCAGAAACGAAUUAUGAUAUGAUGUCUUUGCUAGACAUAACAUCUACGAUAAGACGUGAAUUUCGGGAAUCACUAAAUACACCGAUUGAAACGGAUUCCGUGAAGUCGGUUGGCACUGGAGAUAUGGGAAAUUUUAAUAAAGAGAUAAUGAUAAAAAUGAUUAAAAAAGAUAAUUUUAGAAACCCAUUCGAAGAAGAUAAUGCAGAUGCUAAAAAGAAAGAUGAUAAGCGAGCGUUUGGUAGUCCAUACAAAAAUCCUACUCAGAAACCGCCAUACAAAUGGAGUCUGACAAAAAUGGCACCAAGUUUUCGUGAAAGAUUACCUUCAGGGUUAAAACCGAUUUCUUUUCAAGGAUUGCCGGAUCAAGGAAUACCUCCCUUC